AAAACCAAAAACCCAGCAAGGACGAAGAGCUCUUGAAAAGAAAGAACCUAAAAUAGUAGAAAAUACAAAGAAUGCUUUAUUUUUUAAAGGGGGGAACACAAGUCAGACAGUAACACAAGUCUUGAAAGAAUGGGUAUGUCUUUCAUUAAAAUGUAUUAGUAGGCCUAUGCUAAUUUAACUAAUUAGAAGGAAUUCUUUAAGAAAUACUAUUAAAUGUUGUGGUGAAAAUUCACAAUCUUUUUCUGAAAUCUUUUGCUAUCAGCUUGUUUUGCUUUAACUGUUAUGUACAAAUUUUGUUCUAUUUUUACUAUCAAUAUUUAUUAUUAUUUGUCACUUGACAAUGUGUUUUGAAUUUUUAAAUUAUUUUCUUUCAGCAUACUCUCAAGAAACCAAAUGCAUCUAUGUUCAGCAAGUAUGUUAUUUAAUUUUUUUAAAUAUAUAAUUGGAAAAUAAAUUCAAAAUAUUUUUAGCAAAACUUAACUUAAAACUAAAAUACAAGACAGUGAUAUAGUAUUUUCAUUGAACUAAAAUAAUUACAGUGCCAAAAAUUUUACCUGCUGACCACGAAAUGACAUUUAUUACACACCCGGGUCUGGGUGUUUAAACAAAAUUUAUGCAUAUUUUUAACAUAAUUUUUUUGUACAUAGGUUUAUGACAACUAGUAGCAAACUGCAGCACUUACGCAUUUAUCGCAGCUCUGCAGCAUGUAUGAUUUUAAAAAAAAUAUUUAUGGGUAAGGCUAUUAACUUUUCCCCCAUUGUGUGGAACACAUUUCUCGUUUUUUACAGAUUAAUCCUGAUUGGGUGGACGACAUCUCUUGUUUUCUAAAGAUAAUUCCUGAAUUUCAGUCACUGCUGGGAAUGGUCUCAAAAUAUACCACAAAGUCGACCUGGCUCAGCCCUAAUUUUCAGUGAAAUAAAAUUAUUAGUUUCAGUUUGUUUAUCAUAUAUUACAUUGUAAUUGUAAAAUUAUCUAUUUUUCUCUUUCUUCAGAAAAAAUACAACCAGGCCUUUUGAGGAUCAGAGCUCAGUGGUAUGCACCUCUCUCCUAUAAUCAUAAUUUUUAGUGAUGUUAGCUGAAAUGUGAUGUAAUGGUAGUCUAUUAAUUUUAUAUUAUUUAAGAAGCGCUGUAUUUAAAUCAUGUUAAUCUAAACUUUAAAAAAAAAAAAAUUUUAAGUCAGAAUAGCUAUUAGUUUAUAAGUCAUUUUUAAUCAAGAAGCAUAAAAUUUUAAGUGUAUCAUUAAUUAAAAUGUGUUGAUUUUCAACUUUAAUAGAUCCAUAAGUUAGCUCUCGGACCUAAAACUUUUAUGGAAUGUCAAGUUCUUAGAAUAUAAUGCAAAAAAAAAAAAAAAAGCAUCUAAAUAAAUAAAUUCCCAUAGUAAUCUAAAAUUGGUUUUGAUUUCCCUAUAAUGAAUGUAUUACGUGUCUUACAACAGGAAUUUUUCACAUCCAAAGCUGACAGCUCCCUUUUUAUGUUUGGCAGCCACUCCAAAAAGCGACCUCAUAACCUAGUCAUAGGUAGAGUAUUUUUUUUACUGCAAAUAAGCAAUCCAAUAUAAUAUUUGUGAUUUAGUUAGUUACUCUGUUGGUUCAGAUAUAUAUAUUAAAAAAAAAAUUACAUAGUUUUUAAUUAAUUCACAAGAGUACUUAAUUACAUUAAUGACCUAAUAUUGAACUUUAUUUUCAAAAAAUUACUAUAUAACGUUAAUGCUCAAAGAAAAGUACAUAACAAAUAUAAGACACAUUAGUUACUCCUAGAAAAAUUUUCACUUUAACCAUAGACCCAAGCUUAUACCUUAAAAAGUAUUAACAAAUUUGCUUAUAUGCUCAAAAACAUACAUUGCUUGCUUAUAUGCUUUAUUUGCAAUUUUUAAACAUACAUGUCAUAGUUUUUCAACUGUUGGUAGUCCUAAUUUGUAAUUCAAUCUCUAGCUGGGUAUUAUAAUACUAAUUAAUAAUUCAAUCACUUUCUAACGAUUGUAGCACUAAUUAGUAAUUCAAUCACUGGGUGGGAAUUGUAACACUAAUUAAAAUUAGUAAUUCAAUCACUAUCUGGGGAUUGUAGUACUAAUUCAUAAUUCAAUCACUGCUGAGGAUAAUUUGCAAUUACUAAUAAACAAAAGAAUCACAAUUAGAAUAGGUAAAUAUUAACUCUAGAGGUUGAAAUUCUUUUGGCACAUUCAGGUGCAUCUCAUUUUUUAAUGUAUUUUCAGGGAGAUUAUUUGAUAACCAGGUUUUGGACAUGGCUGAGUUUGGAAUUGAAAAGUUUGCAUCAAUGCAAGAAUUCAAGGCAAGAUUAUAUAGUUAAACAACUGAUAUGUCUUUUAACAGCAUACUUAAAAAAUUGAGAUUUUAACGUUUAUGAAAUACCGGUAGUCAAAAUACUCAUGUUCAGUGCUGUCAAACAUUUUAAAAUAUUAGGAGUUAUCUAAAUGAUAGCGGUGUAAGUGUGGUUGCUGUAUAAAUAACUCAUGUUUUAAUUAGGAAUUCUGAUGAAUAUUAAUGCUGACGUUAAACUAUGCUACCGGUACCUAGAAAGUAUGUCAUGAGCCCUGUAUUACACAACUGAACUAGAGAUUAGGAUAACUUUUUGGAAACUCAAAUUCAAAUUUGAAGAAAUUGCUGUUGCAAUAAAAUUAAUUAUUUUUGUUUUUAUCAGGGACAGAAAGCUGCAUCUGGAAUUAAACCUUGUCUAAUUUUUUCUGGAGAGUUCUUUGAAGAGAAUGAUGAAAACAAGAGAAUAAAAAACUUACUGAUAGGUAGAUCUAAAUAUAAUAUUUUAUUUCCCAUAUAUUUAAUGUGAUUUGAUAAAAAACACAAUUUUGUGUAAAAACAAAUCUAAUAAAUUAAAAGUUCUUUGUGUGAAUGGAUAAAAAUAGUGCUUGAUUGGUUUAUUUCAAAAGGGAAAUAGUUUGAAGUGGUUCUUAAUUUAUGUCUUUUUAAAUUAAAACUUAUUUUUCUUUUUUUUAAAGUAGGUUUUCUACUCUCCACUCAAAUGCAGAUUUAGAUGGUGUGUGUAUAUUUCAAAUAUUUAAAAAACUUAAUUACAUUUUUUUUUCCAAAGAUUUUUUCAGAGGGGCAACUGUUGAAAAGAUUUCUUUAUCUGGUUUAGAGCAUGUGAUUAACAUAAGUGCAGUCAAUGGAAAAAUAUACAUCCGUAGUUACAGGUAAGGAUUUUGUUUUAAGAUUGAAAGGAUAACUUUAAAAAAUUUACUAUAAAGACAUAUGCAAUGGAACAAAGUUAUUAAUUUUUCUAUUUUUUUUGUAUGUCACUUACAUAGGGUGCUGAUGAAGAAAUCUGGAUCAAAGACACCCAGGGUAGAACUCGAGGCUAUGGGACCAUUUUUAGAUCUUAGCUUGCGGAGAACUCGCCUAGCCUCAGAUGAUUUAUUUAAAAGAGCACUUAAAAAAGCUGCUUUAGCAAAGGUACAGCAGCAUUCAUAAAAAUUAUCAUUGAUGAGGUCUUACAUGAUUUCACAAUAGUAUAUUAAUGUUAUCUUGCCGGAAAGAUUUAAAUAAGAGGUAUUCAUUAGGCAAUUUUUGGCUUUAAGGGAUAUUGAGAAAACAUACUGAGCAUCUCAAAUGUCAAGCAUAAUCAAUCCUUCAACUUUACCUUUCAGGCAAAGAAGAAGAAAAAUAUCUCCCAUGAUGCACUUGGUAAUAAACUGGGUCGCAUUCAUAUGACAACACAAAACUUUGGAAAGCUCCAAGCCAGGAAACUCAAGGGUCUCAAGAGAAAGGCACCAGUUGACAAAGCAGAAAAAAAACAGACAAAAGAGGGAAAUAAAAGAAAGAAAGUAACAGAUGCAGAUUCUGAAAUGUGAAUGUGUUUAAAUUUAUGAAUGUUUGAUGCUUUUGUUGAAAAUUUGUCUUUAAAUUUUAUAUGAGUAGGGAAUUUGUUCAAAUAAUAAUUUAAAAGUUUAGGGGAUAUAUGUAUUUGAUCCUGGUAGUAAUAUAUGUAUUAAUUUUGAAAAAAAAAAUUAAUGCUGAAAUGUGUUGUAAAAUAAAUUCUAGUUCUAGCAAACAAAAUACAUUUUAUGUAUUACGGGGUAUGUGAAAAUGCCUAUUAGGAAAUCAAAUAUUUAAUAUAUAAAGCUUAAUAUGAAUUGUAUGGUUUUUUAGCAUUAUAUUAGUGUAUUUAUAAAAAUAUUAUAUUUCAUUCAUUCAAAUUGUCAUAAUGUUGAAUAAAAAUAUGUAACAAAUUUGAAAUCAAUUGGCAUUUAAAAGAUUUUUAUUCUUAUAAUGGAAGCUCGAUUGUUAAUGAUAAA